AUGCCUUCGUGGAUAUCGCGGGCCUCCGAGUCCCACCAUGCACAGCUUGUGGCGACUGCUGCCGUCUCGGGCCUUGUAGUUGGAAGUGCUAUUCUUGGUUAUCAAAAGGCUCGACGCAUGACGAGAGUAGCAGACUUGAAAGCGUCUAUUCCAGAUCUCAGUGAAGACCAUCGUCCGUCAAGACUGACUGAAUAUGGCGCGGCUUCACAUGUAUUUGCUCCAAGUAAAGAAGAUGAGCGCAGCAUGGCACUCGCCGCGCGAGCGAGAAAAGGCGACUAUGACGACGAUCUUAUCCUCGAGCAAUUGGCGAGAAAUCGGGUCUUUCUUACAGAUGAAGGACUCGCGAAGCUACGGGGCGCUUUCGUAGUCGUAGUCGGUUGUGGUGGAGUAGGAUCGCAUGCAACAGCAGCUCUUGCAAGAUCAGGAUGCUCUAAGAUCCGUCUCAUAGAUUUUGACCAAGUUACUUUGUCUUCGCUGAACCGACAUGCAGUAGCAACUCUGGCAGAUGUUGGAACACCCAAAGUGCACUGUCUCCGUAAGCGGCUCGAACAAAUCACACCAUGGACCCACUUCGAAUGCCGAAACGAGCUGUUCAGUGAGCAGACUGCAGUUGCUCAAUUGGCGCCUCUAAAUGGCCAGCAACCAGAUUUUGUAAUAGACGCCAUCGACAACAUCGACAGCAAAGUUGCCCUCUUGGCCUACUGCUACAUGAACAACAUCAAGGUCAUCUCCUCUAUGGGUGCAGGUUGCAAGUCCGAUCCUACCAGAAUCUUCAUUGGCGACAUUUCAGCAAGCACAGAUGACCCUCUCUCAAAGUCUACGAGACGAAAGCUGCGGUUGAAAGGCGUAAAAGACGGGAUACCGGUCGUUUAUUCGACCGAGAGGCCAGGACCUGGAAAGGCUGAGCUUCAACCGCUCUCGGAAGAAGAAUUCGCAAAAGGCAACGUGGGGGAAUUGGGUGUUCUCGCAGACUUCCGGGUACGGAUAUUGCCUGUUUUAGGCACCAUGCCAGCAAUCUUUGGCCUGGCUGUUGCCAACCAUGUCAUUCUCUCCAUUUCUGGUUACCCACAUGAAUAUCUUCCAUCAAAAUCUCGAGACAAAAUGUACGAUGGUAUUCUAGGCGCUCUCCAAGGUGCCGAAGAACGCUUAGCUCGCACAGUGUUCAGUGAAGAUCCCCUCGGUCUCAAGAUUCCCAUCACACAAGACGAUGUUGGCUAUUUGGUUGAAGAAGUGUAUAAUGGGAAAAGCAUAAUCAGCGGCUUGUCCACACGCUUGAUAUUGUCAAGAUGGAGGAAGCCAACUGAAAGCUUUGUUGACCAAAGCACUCCAGGACAAAAGAACAGUCAUCUCAAGAUGGGAGAUUUGGUUCUCAUGACCAAGGAAGAGGCAAGCAAGCACGAGAAGGAGAUAUUGAAGGGAGAAAAAAGCCUCGAAGAUUUAUAUAGCGCUGAAACGAUUGAACGCGUCAAUAAGAGAAUGGCUGAGGAAGAGCGAUUCGAGCGCUUCCGGUAA